AUGGAGUCCGAUAAAUUCCAAUUGGAGCUACAAAAGAAUUUCGGAGCGCUGAAAAAUGUCGCCGAUAUUGACAGUACUUACACCUACCUGGUGAAGAUCGUCCGCGAGGCUGGUUUGAAGCACUUUAGAUCAAGGUCCAAAGGUCAAAAGUCGAAACUCACCGAGGAGACUCUCGAGCUGAUGAAAAAGAGAAGAGAAGACCCCAACCUGCCUGAACCGGACCGGAAAAAUCUAAAUAGAUAG